UCCCAGGCCUGAUCCUGGCCAUGAUGCUGGUCCCAGUCCUCGCCCCUAUCCCAGUGCUGGUCCUGACACUGGCCCUGGUCCUGGCUGUGGUUCCAGUGCUGACCCUGAUCCUGGCCCCUGGCCUGCUGAUCCCAGCUCCAUUCCCCAUCCCAGCUGUAGCCCUGAUCCUCAUCCUGGUGCUGGUCCUGGUGUUUGUCCUCAUCCUGUCCCUAUUGCUGGCCCUAGGCCUCCUCAUUGCCCUGAUGAUGGUCCCAGUCCUUUUCUCCAUGCCAGCCUGGAUCCCAGUACCAGUCCUGAUCCCGGUGCUGGUGCUGAUCCUGCCCCUGGUGCUGAUUCCAGGCCCUGGUGCUGGUCCCAGCCAUGAUCCUGGUGCUGAUCCCAGCCCUGAUGCUGAUGCUGGCCCAGGUGCUGGUCCUGGUUCUGACCCUAAUGAUGAUCCCAGCCCUGAUUCUGCUCCUGUCCCUGGUGCUGGUCCCAGCUGGUCUCAGCCCUGUGGUGCCACUGGCAGGUGACACUCCCGCUCUCUCCGCAGACCAGCAUGAAGAACAUGGAGCGGGAGCUGGUGUGCCCGGUGUGCAAGGAGAUGUACAAGCAGCCCCUGGCACUGCCCUGCACCCACAACGUGUGCCACGUGUGUGCCAGCGAGGUGCUGCUGCAGAAUGGCCACCUGUACUGUGACCCCACCUCCGAGCCCACCUCGCCUGCAGCCACCCCGUCCACCCGCAGCCCCCGCCUGGGCCGCAGGGCUGUCCCCAAACCCGAUCGGCUCGACCGCCUCCUCAAGUCAGGCUUCGGCACCUACCCGGGGCGCAAGCGGGGUGCUGUGCACCCCCAGACCGUCAGCUUCCCGUGCCCCGCCUGCCAGCGGGACGUGGACCUGGGGGAGCGGGGUCUGGGCAGCCUCUUCCGCAACCUGACCCUGGAGCGGGUGGUGGAGCGCUACCGGCAGACCAUCAACAUCAGCGCGGCCAUCAUGUGCCAGUUCUGCAAGCCCCCGCAGCUGGAGGCCACCAAGGGCUGCACGGAGUGCAAGUCCAGCUUCUGCAAUGAGUGCUUCAAGCUCUACCACCCCUGGGGCACCCAGAAGGCCCAGCAUGAGCCCACGCCCCCCACCCUCACCUUCCGCCCCAAGGGGCUGAUGUGCCCGGAGCACAAGGAGGAGGUGACUCACUACUGCAAGACCUGCCAGCGGCUGGGGUGCCAGCUCUGCCGCCGGCUGGUGUGCCAGCUCUGCCGCGUGCGCCGCACCCACACCAGCCACAAGAUCACCCCGGUGCUCAGCGCCUACCAGGCCCUCAGGGAGAAGCUGACGAAGAGCCUCGCCUACAUCCUGAGCAGCCAGGACACGGUGCAGACCCAGAUUGCUGAGCUGGAGGAGACAGUGAAGCACACAGAGGUGAACGGCUCGCAGGCCAAGGAGGAGGUGUCGCAGCUGAUCCAGGGGCUGUGUGCCAUGCUGGAGGAGAAGAGGGCCACGCUGCUGCAGGCCAUCGAGGAGUGCCAGCAGGAGCGGCUGGCCAGCCUGCACGGCCAGAUCCGCGAGCACCAGGCCAUGCUGGAGAACUCGGGCAUGGUGGGCUACGCCCAGGAGGUGCUGAAGGAGACCGACCACCCCUGCUUUGUCCAGGCUGCCAAGCAGCUGCACAACAGACUCUCGCUCUCCUCCGGUGCUGACACACGCUCUCCGCAGUCAGACCCCUCUAGAACUCUGCUGGUUGUCCGUCCGUCCGUCCGUCCGGAAUGCCGGAACAUCCCCUCCCCUGCGUCCGGCCGCCUCCCCGCCCUCGGGGGCGGGGGGAUGCUGCCUGAUGCCGGCCGCCGCCUCUCCCCCGCAGCGCCCGAGGCUCCGGUCAUCGACACGCAGCGCACCUACACCUACGACCAGAUCUUCCUGUGCUGGCGGCUGCCGCAGCACUCGCCGCCCGCCUGGCACUACACGGUGGAGUUCCGCAAGACCGACGCCAAAGCCAAGGGGCUGAAGCUGUGGCAGCGGCGGGAGGAGGUGCGGGGCACCUGCGCCCUCGUCGAGUACCUGGACACCGACAGCGUCUACGUGCUGCGGGUGAAGGGCUACAACAAGGCGGGAUUCGGGGAUUACAGCGAGGACAUCUACCUGCACACACCGCCCGCCCCAGUCCUCAACUUCUUCCUGGACAACCGCUGGGGCUUCAACCGGGACCGGCUGGCCAUCAGCAAGGACCAGCGGGCGGUGCGCAGCGUGCCCGGCAUCCCCAUGCUGUUCGCCGCCGAGCGCCUGAUGACCAGCUGCCACCUGUCCAUCGACCUGGUCAUCGGCGACGUGGCCAUCACCCAGGGCAAGAGCUACUGGGCCUGCUGUGUGGACCCCAGCUCCUACCUGGUGAAGGUGGGCGUGGGGCUGGAGAGCAAACUGCAGGAGUGGUUCCAGGUGCCGCAGGAUGUGGUGAGCCCCAGGUACGACCCCGACAGCGGCCACGACAGCGGGGCAGAGGACGCGACGGUGGAGGCUCCUCCUCCCUACGCCUUCCUCACCAUCGGCAUGGGCAAGAUCCUGCUGUCGCACGGCUCGGCCCUCACGUCCCGCGACCCCAACGGCUGCACCGUGCCCCUGCCCCCGCGCAUCGGCAUCUGCCUGGACUACGAGCAGGGCAAGGUGAGCUUCUACGACGCCGUCUCCUUCCGCGAGCUCUGGGAGUGCGGCGUGGACUGCUCGGGGCCCGUCUGCCCCGCCUUCUGCUUCAUCGGAGGAGGGGCCCUGCACCUCCAGGAGCUGGUGGCCAACAAGCAAGAACGAAAAGUGACCAUUGGGAACUUUGCCAAGCUGGACUGAGCCCAGGGUGGGGACACGAGUGGCCAGGGAGCAGAGCAGAGCAGAGCAGAGCAGAGCAGAGCAGGGGCGGCCCCGGUGCUGCCAGCACUGGGAACAGGCCAGGUGUUUGUUUUGUGGGAUGGGUGGGGAUUAGGGACGGCUUUGUCCCCUUCUCAGCCAGUCCGCCUGCCCCUAGCUCCAGCUC